CCCCGCCUCGGUCCGUCGGCGAACGCGGUCCCCGGGCUCCGGCUGCGCGCGGCGCGGUGCAGGCGCUGCCUCCAGGCUCCUCGCAGCCGGCGGGUCCGGGUGCGGGCGCCGAGAUGCGCCCCCUGCUCCGCCUGCUCCUGGUCUUCGUCGGCUGCACCUUCGCCUUGUACUUGCUGUCGACACAGCUGCCCCGCGCGCCGACACGGGGCUCCGCCGAGGACGCUGAAGGCAGGUCCCUGUGGUUCCCCUCCGACUUGGCUGAGCUGCGGGAGCUCUCCGAGGUGCUUCGAGACUACCGGAGGGAGCACCAGGCCUACGUGUUCCUGCUCUUCUGCAGUGCCUACCUCUACAAACAGUGCUUUGCCAUCCCCGGCUCCAGCUUCCUGAACGUUUUAGCCGGUGCUUUGUUCGGGCCAUGGCUGGGGCUUCUGCUGUGCUGUGUGUUGACUUCGGUGGGUGCCACGUGCUGCUACCUGCUUUCCAGUAUGUUUGGCAAACAACUGGUGGUCUCCUACUUUCCUGAUAAAGUGGCCCUGCUGCAGGGCAAGGUGGAGGAGAACAGAAACAGCUUGUUUUUUUUCUUACUGUUUUUGAGACUUUUCCCCAUGACACCAAACUGGUUCUUGAACCUCUCGGCCCCGAUUCUGAACAUCCCCAUUGGGCAGUUCUUCUUCUCUGUGCUUAUCGGUUUGAUCCCCUACAACUUCAUCUGUGUGCAGACAGGCUCCAUCCUGUCCACCCUUACCUCUCUGGAUGCUCUUUUCUCCUGGGAAACUGUCUUUAAGCUGCUGGCCAUCGCUCUGGUGGCCUUAGUUCCUGGAACCCUCAUAAAAAAGUUCAGUCAGAAAGACCUGCAUUUGAACGAAACAAGCAAUGCCAGUCAUCUAAACAGCAGAAAGGCCAUGUGAUCUGGAUUGUUUUGGUUGUGCGUCCCUGGACUCUACUGCUUCUGUGUGUCAUGGGUGCGGUCCUGUACAGCCCCUCCUUGUUUUUUAAUUACCCUCAACGGGUGGCUUGGACAGUAUUCAUCCGGGUGCAGUGUCUCGUCAUGAAGGACACUGUGCUGUAGAAGGUGAGUUACAGCAGGUUCUCAAAGCAGCCCUGGUUCAGCAGGACACUCUGUGAACUGGAUAGCUGCUCAGAAAACCCUGUUUAUAUUUUAUCGAGUAACAGGGAGCUCAGGGUAGUCUGUUGUAUUUAUUUGCCUCUUGCCAAGCCCAGAGCUGCCUCAGGAGAGGAUGCCGACUGUCCUUGUCCAGAGUGCCUCUUUUGCAAAGUGAUAGGCUGUAGUGACAGGUGUUCCUUCUGUUCUUUUUUGCGGAUAACCUACCUCUUCCAUAAACCAAGGGAAAGAAGCUGCUUAGAACGUCUGUGUACAGUUCAAGUGCACAGUGAUUUCUGCGAUGCGCUUUGUGUUCAGACACCCUGAGGUUGCCAUGUAUGUCAGGUUUCCUCUUGGUUGCGUGGCCUGACAAGUAAGCUGGUUGCAGACAGAUGAUUAAAUAUGAAUUGAGCACACUCUGUAUGCCAUGGAUACGUGCUGGAGAAACUCGCAUCCCUCCGGACAGCGCAGGGCCCUCGACUCCCCUGAACCAAAUGACCAUCAGUACAUUUUCUAAUCUGUGCUUUCUGUGUGGGAACCCCUUCUCCCUCCUGCUAGGAGAAUGGGUGCAGUACCCCCAGAUACUGCCCUCUGAAUGUUUCUCAAUUUGUCAUUUGCCAAGAAUAACUGAGGAAUAAUGAUAUUUUAUCUUAAUUCUAAGAGGAAAACUUGGUUUGGGGUUUCUGUGUGUGUUUGGAUUGUCUGCAGCUGUCGUUGCUUCCUAGCGCAGCAGUACUGCAUUGGCACAGCCCUGGUUUCAUUCUUCCAAGGACAGAAGGAGCUUGGCUCCUGAACUGACCAGCUCUGGGCCCUGUACCUGACAGGAGUAACUCAUCACUUCUCACCAGAAUGGUGCGCUUGUGCACGGCCUGCUGGGUUUUGGAUUUGGGUUGGCCAAGAAUCUUGCCAGGGCUUUCAUCUAGGCCACCUGUUCUACAUGAAUUCUUGAGAAUGAAUUCCCAAGCAUUGUUUUUUGGACUCGUAUGAUAAAGAUUAUACACAAAACAAAAACAGAAGAACUUAAUUUUUAAAGAUGUGUUGCUUUAAAAGAAGCUUGAUAACAAGGGUGGGGGCGAAGAGGAUGCCACCUGGACUUGGAAACCUGUGGCUUUUUGCUCCUGGAGUCGGGGAGGGAGGGAGGACCAGGACGCUGUCCCACUUUGUCCUUUACCAGGACCCUCGCUCCCUCCUCCCCCAUGAUCUGCAACAAUGUGCCUUAUCGGCUGUGAGUUUACAGGCAAAGCAAGCUCCCAAAUAAAGGCUAUAAAUGCUC